GUGAGGGUUAAGCUGAAUACGCAAUGGCACACGUCACCCUUACCGCUCCUUCUUUCAUUUUAUUCUCUUCAAAAUCGUUAAUUCGUUUCUCUUCUAUUUAUAGCUCCACCUUUACAUCCACCACCCCCACCUUCCACUUCAAAUCUAAUUCAAACAGAAUCAACUUCAACCCUAACACCACCGCAAUGGCCGCCGCCGCCGCUCCUUCUCACCAAACAAUCCCUCUUCUCACUCCCUACAAGAUGGGAAAAUUCAAUCUAUCUCACAGAGUUGUAUUGGCACCGCUCUCCAGAGAGAGGUCCUACAACAACGUUCCGCAACCCCACGCCGUCCUGUAUUAUUCUCAGAGAACCUCCGACGGUGGCCUUCUCAUUGCCGAAGCUACCGGAGUUUCCGACACUGCUCAAGGGUAUCCCAACACGCCUGGCAUAUGGACCAAAGAGCAAGUGGAAGCGUGGAAACCCAUCGUCGAUGCCGUUCAUGCCAAAGGCGGUGUCUUCUUUUGCCAGAUUUGGCAUGUAGGAAGGGUUUCGGAUUCAAGUUAUCAGCCGAAUGGGCAAGCACCCAUUUCUUCUACGGACAAGCCAAUUCCACCAACGCCUCGAACUAACGGCCUUGGAUAUAUCGAACACACGCCACCCCGCCGCCUGAGGACCGAUGAAAUUCCUCAUAUCGUCAAUGACUUCAGAGUUGCUGCAAGGAAUGCCAUCGAAGCUGGUUUUGAUGGGGUUGAGAUCCACGGGGCACAUGGGUACCUGCUUGAUCAAUUUUUGAAAGACCAGGCUAAUGACCGAACAGAUCAAUACGGUGGAUCCCUUGAGAACAGGUGCCGACUUCCUCUGGAGGUUGUUGAAGCUGUUGUCGAUGAGGUGGGGGCUGAUAGAGUUGGAAUUAGGUUAUCACCUUUUGCAGACUUUAACGAUUGUGGUGACUCAAAUCCACUACAACUGGGGCUUUACAUGGUCAGUGCACUCAAUAAGUAUAACAUUGUCUACUGUCACAUGGUGGAACCCAGAAUGGGAACUGUUGGAGGUCCAGAUGAAAACCUGACGCCAAUGAGAAAGGUCUUCAAUGGCACUUUUAUAGUUGCCGGAGGUUAUGACCGGGAAGAUGGGAUCAAAGCCAUUGCUGAAGACAGGGCUGAUCUUGUUGCCUAUGGCCGUUUGUUCUUGGCCAAUCCAGAUUUGCCAAAGAGAUUUGCUCUCAAUGCUCCUCUCAACAAGUAUAUUCGCCAGACAUUCUACCACGAAGAUCCUGAUCCGCUUGUUGGGUACACUGAUUACCCGUUUCUUGAUGAAGAAUCGAACGGUGUAGCAUCAUAGGGUUCUUACUAACCUUUUUUUCUCUCUACAAAUUCCUUGCUAUUUUCAAUUUGGUUUGUGAGAUUUUCAUUCACAUAAUAUUCUUGAGACACUCUGAAUCCAGUUAACACAUGUUCUAAGUUGUUAGGGCAUUUAGUUUGUGGAACUAUUGUUGUUGUAAUGAUGUCGCUGUAACCCCUGCAUGUUUUGGGCAAAAGCGACGGCACCCUGUUUUUGCAAUACUCUGUUUUGUUCUCUGAAACGAGUGCAGAGGGGAGACUUGUCUCCUCUUACUUUUGUAA